AUGUAUGUUCUUUCCCUUUCUUGGAUCUUAGAAAAAAUUUUAGAAAAUAAUUUUCCCCAAUUUGGAAAAGACAUUAUUUUAUCUUCUCUAAUUGUUGAAGAAUGGAGGGAUAUUUGGUCAUCCAAAGGAGAAUUUAUUGUUGCAGCCUUAGCCUACCUUUUUGGCUUUACUAAUCUUUUAAAUAUUCCCCGGCUAAUUUUAGAUAAUGGAGGACCAGCCUUUUUAUUUGCUUAUUUAAUUAGUUUAUUACUAAUUAUUUUGCCAAUUCUUUUACUUGAAUUGUCUAUUGGGCAGUUAACUGGGAGAGGGCCUGUCCAAACUUUUUAUAAUAUUUGUCCUGUUUUUAAAGGUGUUGGAAUCUCACAAAUUUUAUUUUCAAUUAUUUUAAUGGCAAUGAUGACUCGUUUUCUAGGAUCUGUAUUUCUUUAUAUUUUUCAUUUAUUUUGGACAAUUACUGAUGACCGUCCAGGACUUCCUUGGCUUAAUUGCAAAAACUUCCCUGAAUAUCAAUUUGGAACGUGUAUAGAAUCUUCUUCUAUCUUACCAAUAAACAGUAAUUCAACUAAUUUUUAUCAAAAUAGAUUAGCUACUUUUGAUGAAAAUUCUGCUUUUGAACAAUUUAUUGGAAUUAUUGAUGUAACAAGUGAAAGUAUUGACCAAAUAGGCAAAAUUCAAAUUAAUUGGUUAAUUGUUCAAUGUAUAAUUUGGACUUUUGUUUUUUCUGGAAUUUGUUUUGGUGUUAGAUGGCUGGGGAAAAUUAUGAUUUUUUCAUUAUCAAUGUCAUUAAUUUUGCUUUUAUCUCUUUGUGGAAGAACUUUAUUUCUUAAAGGAUCAUUUCAAUUAUUUUUUGAUUUAUUUAACGAAAUUGAAUGGUGGGAAAGAUUAAAAGAAUGGCAAUUAUGGAAAAAAGCAAUUGAACAAGCAUUUAUUGCUACAGGGCUUGGAUUUGGGGCUUUUUGCACUUUGGGGUCUUACAAUAAAAAAUCAAAUAAUUUAGUGAAAGACAGUAUUUUUCUUUUAUUUGGGCAUAUUCUACUUGUAUCUCUUCAAUUAAUUUUUGUUUUAUCGUUAGUUGGACAUAUCAGCGAAAAAAGUGGUCUUUUACCUAGUGAAAUUAUUGUUCAAGGAGAGAACCAAUUUAGACAAAUCCUUGUUUAUUUCUCUUUUAUUCCACACACAAAAAUAUUUACGGGAAUUCUUUUAUUUUUGGCCUCUUUUUCUCUUUUAAAUAUUCUUUUUAUUUUAUCCUUUGGUGUUCUAGCAACAAUAGAAGAUGCUUUAGGAGAAAAAUGGUCAAAAUGUUGCCCUCGUUUUACUAUUGCUUUUUUAAUUUGUUGUUUUGGAGCAGCUUCGAGUAUUAUUUUUGCUACAGAAGCAGGAAAACAUAUUUACGAAUUAGCUAGUGGAUAUUUAAAAUAUUCAACUCUUUUGGUUAUUCUCUUUUUUGAAUUACUUUCUGUUGCUUGGAUUUAUUGGAUACAUUCAUUAGGUUUAGAUCUUCGAACAAUGAUUGCCUCAACAGCAAGUUGGGUUAUUGGACAUUCUCUUCUAUUCCUAAAUUGCUUUUUAACACCAAUACCAAUUGCAAUCGCCGUUAUAAAUUUAAUUGGAUAUUCAUUUUCUAAAUAUUCUCCCCAAAUCAGAGCUUGGUAUUGGAGUGAAUGGUUAGGUGUUUGUAUUGCAAUAAUUCCUUUACUUCCAAUUUUGUUUUGGGCAUUAAUUGUUAUUUUAAAAAGUUGUAAUUAUACACCAAGAAUUUCUCUUUUUAGGCGUCUUUCAAUGGCUUUUCGCUCUCCUUUAAAACACGAAUUAAUUAAAAGUAAUGAACGCUCAUCUAAUGCUGUUCAGCAUAGAUUGAUGAGUUCGGGUGGAAAUACAAACCAAAAUAAUACAUCGUCUUAUCGUGGUGCUUCUACUGGAUAUAUAUUAUUGCCACAAGCACCUCUGGCACAACCAGAAAAUGAUGAAGUUGCAGGUCAAAGUAGCGCUCGCAAUCAUGGAAUCAAUCAACAACAAACAAACAAUUCAACAGCUUCUACAUUACGCGCAGCCGACCAUACAAAUUCUCAAAACGGAAGCGGUUAUCUUAUUGAUGAUUAUAUGCACCAACAACAAUCGCCUAGUGUUUAA